GUUUCUUUUUCAAUUUAAAGUGAAACAGUGAAAAUCAUAAAGAAAAAUGAAUUCACUUUUAAUGAAAUGUUUGUGCGUUCUUACAAUAAUUGGAUUAGCAGCAGCUACAAGACCAAAAUUUGAAUUAACAAGUUUUAAUUCUACAACUUUCGUACAUAAACCGUACAUUCCUCGAAAUGAUGCAGAGCCAUUUUGGGAUCCAAAUUUUUGUGACGGUUGGCGAGAUAGGGAUAUAUUCGUACAUCCAGAAAGAUGUGAAGGAUUUUUAAUGUGUUGGGGUGGUGAACUUCUUGAAUUCGAUUGUCCUCGUGGCAUGAUAUUUGAUUUCAUGGAUCUGGUAUGCGAUUUUCCUGAUCAAGCAGUUUGUUGGAUGGAUGCUAGGCCACCACCCGUAAUUCCCGAUAAUCAUUGCCCUCCGCCGGGUAGUAAUGAAGUCAGAUUCUUACCAUCCGUAAAUUGUGACGAAUACUAUAUUUGUAUGAAUGGUCGGCCAGUUCUUCUUCAAUGCGCACCUGGUCAGCAUUGGAAUAUUCAAGAAAAUUCCUGCGAUGAUCCGGCAAGAGCGGGAUGCGCUCCUGUUCCACCACCUAAUCAACUUCCCAACUGCCCACCUGGAGUAACUCGAUAUCUUCCACAUCCAACUAAUUGUAAUUGGUUCAUCUAUUGCAAUAAUGGCAAUCGAAGUGUACAACAAUGUCGACCUUUGCAACACUUCGAUAUCAAUCUUGAACGUUGCCUUGUCAAAACAAUCGCUCGAUGUAUUACAAACACAAGAACUCUACAUUAAACAGUUGAAGAUGGCAAAUUAUAUUUCAUUAAAGUUUAUCACAAAAGCUUUACAAAAUAUUUUAAAAAAAUUCUUUCAAGCUAGUAACGUUAACAUCAUGCGCAAUAAAAUUAAUCUAUUUUAUUGACAAUUUAUAUAAAUAGUUACAAGUGAUAAGGUUUUCCAUGAUGUGCUGUAAUUAAAAAAAUAAAACAAAUAAAUAUUGUAACUUUUUCUGUUACCACA